AUGGAAUUUGCUAGUGAAAAAGAGAGUGACUAUCUUCAUCACAGCAGUGUUCCAACCAUGUUUUUCCAGGAUCAUCUACCUCCUUUAGCAAGACCAACCCUUGAUGAAUCUUGCCGACGUUUUAUAGAAUCAUUGUCGCCUUUGGUGUCAGGGCAGGAAAAGGAAACUGCAAAACGGUUAGUGUCAGAUUUUACCGCUGGAGUUGGAAAGGAGCUACAAGAUUUGCUCAAGGUCGGAAAGGACGAAGUGAGAACAUACGAGGACAGCAAACAUAUUCUUGUGAUGCGAAACGGUCACAUUUACGCAGCAGAUGUUAUCGAUAAAGAUGGUCGCCUGGCAUCCACCGGUCAGAUAUACCAACAGCUACAGCAGAUAGUCGAUGAGACAAAUUCUCUUGCUGACAUUCCAGUUGGAGUAUUGACGACUACAGAACGAGACGACUCUGCCAGAGCCAUGGAGAUACUGAGAGCAAAGAACGAAAACUUGUUAAAUUUGGUCGAGAGCGCAAUGUUUGUUUUGAGUUUGGAUGAUGAUGAAGCUCAUAGAAGCAAAGAGAUUGUUGAGGCAAUUCAAUUUGGCAAUGGAGGAAACAGAUGGUUUGGCAAAAGCAUUAACUUCGUUGUCGGAAAGUCUGGCUACAUAGGAGCAGUAACGUCGGACUUAGUUGGAGAUGGUAAAGCAUUGGCUGCCCUUGAGCGCUAUUUUGCCCCCGAAUUGUCGCAAGCUGCGAGUAUCGAAGAUGAAUCACUGAACGAGGCAAAGAAGAAGGUUAGCUUGCUCAGAGGUGAUCGACCGUUCCACCGAGUGAUCUGCAACUACGUUGACUAUGCCCUCAUUAAGAAAAGAAACCUGAGUCCGGACUCUAUUGUAAAACUAACAGCUCAGUUAGCUUUUUACACAGUGCGCAUGCGCUUGCCAAUGGCUACUGACGUUGCAAGUACUGCAUUCUACAAAGAUGGUCAGUCCGCAGAGUCAAUGAUAGUCACUCGAGAUUCUGCAGCAUUCGUCAACGCUGUGGCUAAUGAAGGAGUCGGUGACAAGAAACGUUUGUACGACUUGCUGACUGCGGCCUCCCUUACUAACCAGAUGAGGAUAUUCGAUACAAUGCAAGGAAAAAUGUUCAAUUACCAUUUUAUGACUCUGCAGUAUCUAGCUGAAGAAGUUGGCAUGAAAGUACCAUUGUUUGAAAGCAAAUUGUACGGGAAGGCAACAAUGAAAGUAUUUAUUAUAUAUCCUAUGGAUUUCAACGAUGAUGAACUUAACUAUUUGCCAUUUGCUAACUUGCAAGACAACAGGAUGUGGGAAGUCUACUAUGCAAUCGGCCGAUCUUCCGGCAAUCUCAGCGUUGUCACAUGCUCCGUUGACGCUGCCGAGUAUCUCUCUCACAUCAAAUCGGGUCUGAGCACAAUCAUGGAUGUCAUCAAGAAUGGAGCGCAGUAA